AUGUUUGUCCCACUGGCUGUUAUUCUGAUAAGAAAAGGAGUGUAUGAAAUGUCCAGUUUGUUGUUCAACUUGUAUAAGCGGGUUAUGCAUGUCAUGCAAUGCAAAUUGGUAACUAAACAAAAAGGUGCGUCUCAGAAUACAGUCGAGGUUUCUACUUGGAUGCGGGCAGAUACGCGCGUACGCGUUGCAUUCACGGUUGUUCAGAAUGCGUUUCAAGACUUAACUAAAUUGCUUGUACCGGCUCGUUACGACUCCAGUCCGGCGCUUGCAGGACCUUAUGUGCUGAUGGAUACUACGCGGAUUGCGGCACUUAUUCGAAGUGCUACUUAUCAUGUCGGACGUGCAUCGGACCGCGUCAGGAUCAAUGUGCCUCGUGUCCUUCUGGCUGGAGGUUGA